GAAAUUCACAAUCUCCACCCGCCACCACUUCCCUCACCCACCCAAAAUCUCUCUCAACUCUCGGAGUCUUCUUUAAGUUAGAGAGAGAGAGAGAGAGAGAGAGAGUUUUAACUCAGGAAGAAGAUUGACUGAUUCAUUUCUCCCCUUUUAUUCUUCAUCCUCUGAUCUCUUUCCUGCUUGACCUAUCUUCAUACCUUCUCCCUCAAUCUCAGAGGUUUAGGCCUCUAGGGUUAGGGUUUUCCCUGAUUUUCUUCUACUCUGAAACAGGAAUUGAAGAAAGAAAAUGGGGAAUGGAGGUUCGCUGAGCGAGAGUGUGGUGAAGAAGAUCCUGCUCUCUUACGCAUACGUAGGGAUAUGGAUCUUCCUGAGUUUCACUGUAAUCGUCUACAACAAGUACAUCCUAGACAAAAAGAUGUACAACUGGCCGUUCCCAAUCUCUCUAACCAUGAUCCACAUGGCCUUCUGCUCAUCCUUGGCUUUCCUCCUUGUUCGUGUCUUCAAGCUCGUUGAACCAGUCACCAUGUCUAGAGAUCUCUACCUCUCUUCCGUUGUUCCCAUCGGAGCUCUUUACUCUUUCAGUCUUUGGUUCUCUAACUCUGCUUACAUCUACCUCUCUGUUUCUUUCAUUCAGAUGCUCAAGGCACUGAUGCCGGUCGCCGUUUAUUCCAUCGGUGUGAUAUUCAAGAAGGAGACCUUCAAGACUGAAUCUAUGAUGAAUAUGCUUUCUAUCUCCUUUGGUGUUGCCGUAGCCGCCUAUGGUGAGGCGCGAUUCGACACCUGGGGUGUCAUUCUACAGCUCGCUGCGGUUGCUUUUGAGGCCACACGUCUGGUCAUGAUCCAGAUCUUACUGACUUCCAAGGGAAUCACUCUCAACCCCAUUACCUCCCUCUACUACGUCGCUCCCUGCUGCCUUGUCUUCCUCUUUGUCCCAUGGAUGCUCGUCGAGUUCCCUGUCCUCAAGCAGACUUCCAGCUUCCACUUCGAUUGGCCCAUCUUUGGCACCAAUUCUUUGUGCGCCUUCGCCCUGAAUCUCGCCGUAUUCUUGCUAGUCGGGAAGACUUCCGCGUUGACAAUGAAUGUUGCGGGGGUUGUUAAAGAUUGGCUUUUGAUUGCUUUCUCGUGGUCGGUCAUCAAGGAUACGGUCACUCCAAUCAAUCUGUUCGGGUAUGGGCUUGCUUUCUUGGGGGUUGCUUACUAUAACCACUCGAAGUUGCAGGCGCUCAAGGCUAAGGAAGCUCAGAAGAAGGCUGCUCAGGCAGAUGAGGAGGCUGGAAGGCUUUUGGAGGUGAGGGAAGGGGAAGGUCAGUCAAGGAAGCCUGAUUCGCAGGCUUGAUGUUGAUUCGAUUGUUAAUUAUUAUUAUUUAGGUCUGAUAAAUUUUAUAAGCCAAAAUCUGGAAGUAAAAAGGAAAAGAAGGGAAAGAUUCAAGAUUUGGGAAUGAGGCAGCGCAGAUGAUGCAGGUUCUGUUGUCCGACUGGGUUCGAGGUGGGUUAUUGAUCUGGCUAUGUUUCCUUUUCUUUUAGAUAUUCGUUUACACGCUAGUAGUACAUGACUUCAUGCUCGUUUCUUUGUGAUAUUGAGAGGGGGUUGGGGGGUUGUCGAGUUCUACAUGUUUGGCUUAGUUUGACAUUUUCUGUAUGUGAGUGGAAGAAGAAUCUCGAAAAUCCUCUGUAUUCUCCUUUUUUACUUGUUGGCCUUUUAAAUUUUCAUUCAUGUCUAGGUACUCUUCGUCUCCUUUGAGGGAGACUAAAAUGCUUAUUUAUUGAGCUGCAUUUCUUAGUUAUUUCGAUUAUAA